CACAAAUUUCGCGAGUAUUCGACGAAUUACGAAAACUUUUCACGUAAAAUCUUAUCUACUUUAGGAUUUCGCCGUGCUUCUAGAAGUUACGCGUUCGUAGCGAAUUCCGAGCGUUUCGUUUCGGGCGCGACGUAAUUAGCCGAAUAAAAUUGGAAAAGUUGAUAAAUAUGACUGUUCGAACGGACCUAUCAGCGUUUCGCGAGCGUGACCCGUGAUUCCUUGCGCGUUAGAGUGCAGACCAAGGUUUUCCGAUCGGUCGUCGUAGUUUGAGGAGGUGAAAAGUGUGGCGGUGCUUACUCGAUAUUCUUAUGAAAUCUUAUAUUUAACGAACGAAGUCCUUUCACAGCCAGAGUAUAACCGUCUCGUAGACAGAUACUUAGGAUCAUUCGACCCUGCGGUCUUUAUUGCGUCUCCUUCUGGAACUAGUAUCUUCGAGGAUACACCCCACCCUCGACAUCGUUGCCGAUUAAUACCUAACCCUCAAUAGCCCAUUGUCAAGCAGUUUCAAGAUGUCUACUCCAACUACUCACAAAUACCGUUACAAAAAUGUGGGCCUAGACUCACAGGAAUUAAGACGGCGUAGGGAGGAGGAAGGAGUUCAAUUAAGGAAACAAAAACGAGAACAACAAUUGUCAAAGAGGCGCAAUGUUCCUAACACCGUUUUCGAUGAAGAGAAUGUUCCAUCCGACGAUUUCUUUUCGGCGUCGCAAUCGGAAGCUUCUAUCAUAAUAUCAAAAAUGUUGCAAGCAUUAAGUAGCAAUAAUCUAGAAGAGCAACUGGUAGCUACUCAAAAGUUUAGAAAAAUGCUAUCCAAGGAGCCGAACCCACCAAUCGAUGAAGUUGUACGAACAGGGGUUGUACCUAUAUUCGUUGAAUUUUUAAAAAAUAAUACAAGCUGUACUCUUCAGUUUGAAGCUGCAUGGGUUUUAACGAAUAUAGCAAGUGGAACGUCUCUACAUACGCGUAUAGUGAUAGAGGCGGGGGCUGUACCGCCCUUUGUGUCAUUACUUAAUUCCGAGAAUGAAGACGUUCAGGAACAAGCUGUUUGGGCAUUGGGCAAUAUUGCAGGAGACAGUCCUGAAUGCAGAGAUCACGUAUUAGACAAUGGAAUUCUCACUCCACUGUUACAUCUUCUUUCCAAGGCAACGCGUUUAUCGAUGGUACGUAACGCGGUAUGGGCAUUAUCAAAUCUUUGUCGAGGAAAAAAUCCAUCACCGACUUUCGAGAAAGUCGCGCCAUGUUUGCCAGUUUUAGCUCGUCUUCUUAUUCACGACGACCGUGAUAUUCUUGCCGAUGCCUGCUGGGCUCUAUCUUAUUUAAGCGACGGGCCGAACGAUAAAAUUCAGGCAGUUAUAGACGCAGGUGUAUGCAGACGUCUUGUAGAAUUACUUAUGCAUCAGGACACCAGUGUAAUAAGUGCGGCUCUUCGAGCCGUGGGAAAUAUAGUAACAGGUGACGAUGUACAAACGCAAGUCAUUCUUAACUGUUCUGCAUUACCUUGUUUAUUACAUCUGUUGAUCACAACACGAGACCCUGUUCGUAAAGAGGUUUGUUGGGCAGUGUCUAACAUUACGGCAGGAAAUACUCAUCAAAUUCAGGCUAUUAUCGACGCCCAAAUAUUCCCCGUCCUAAUCGAAAUGUUGGGAAAAGCUGAUUUCAAAACUAGAAGGGAAGCAGCAUGGGCAAUCACUAAUGCUACCAGUGGCGGUACACCCGAGCAAAUGCAUUAUCUUGUUGCACAAGGGUGCAUUCAACCGUUAUGCAAUUUAUUGACAGUCAAUGAUCCCAAGGUUGUUCUAGUCGCGUUAAACGGUUUAGAAAAUAUAUUGCGAGUCGGAAAUCAAGAUGCAUCGAGUAACGGUGUUAAUCAGUUCGCGGUAUUAGUCGAGGAAUGUUUUGGCCUAAACAAAAUAGAAUUUUUGCAAUCUCAUCAAAAUAUAGAAAUCUACCAGAAGGCCUUCAAUAUAAUUGAACAAUAUUUUGGUUCCGACGAAGAAGAUACGCGAAUCGUUCCCACCAUAGAUUCGCAGGGAUAUCAGUUUCAAUUCGGCGCGCCCGAUUCAUCCCAGCUACCGGUCCAGGGCUUUGAGUUUUAAUAAGUUAAUAUUAAUUAAAACUCCCGAAUGUAUCUCCGAAUUCGAUCUUGUUUCGUUCGUUACGUUUAUGACUAUUUCUCGUGACGGGACAAUCUCUGAAAAUGAAAAAUCGAUCAGUUGCAAAGAGUGGUAUAUUUCUACAUAUACAUUGGAUCCGAUUUGUAUCUGAAACGAAAUAUCAGUGAUAUUUCCAAGUGAUCAGUUAUUUUGCUCGACGUUGAAGAAAAAUGAGUAAAAUGUUUGUAUGCAGCUAUUUUAAAUGGUUUUCUCUUCUUACUUUUAGCUACACCAUACGCAUCUUUCUAUGUUUAUGGCAACGCGAUUGCGUCUGCGAGCCUAACGCUGGAAUCGUGACGGUGCUUUUCACCCGGGCAUCGAAAUGAUUUGGGCUGGCUCAUUUUUCGAAACUCAUACAUAAACGUAUUUAGUAUGAAAUGUUCAGUUUAUUGAAAUUAACAAAAUAAAUAUCUUAGUGCUUAAGUAGAAACGGAUAAGUACGAAAACAAUGAUCAAGACGAUUUACUAUCGAGGCAGACAUUAUACCUCGUACGACGUAUGACUGACUCAGAAUUACGAAAAAAAAAAAAAAACUUGCACAACUGGCAA